CGCUGGAGAGGCGGGGAUUGUCCGUGACCCGGUUAGAAACAAACCGAGAGGCUUCUGUCUCCAUCGUCUCAGAUUGGGAGGGAGGAGAGUCUCCGUCUGUCUGCAGAGGAAAGCAGCCACACAAUCAUCAUGUCUGACUGCAGGAGGCAGUGGAACCGGGAGGAUGAGCUGCCGGUGUACCUGGCCGGUCCGAUCGUUACUGGAUCGAACCAGAGGAAGAGCUUCGGCAUGUUCAGCUCGGUGGAAGGCGCGUUUGAGAGCAAGACCUUAGACUUCGACAACUACGCGGUGGGGAGGAAAGAGAGCCGCACCUCGAGGAGCGGGAGCCGGGAGAGAGUCCUGGAUGCUGGUGGUGAUGGAGACCCUCGCAUCGGGAAGACGUCCAGCGAGGCCCGGGAGGGGUCACACACCGAGUCUCCCGGAGACACAGACGAGGUGCAGCCCGGGGUGGAGAUCAGAUACUCAGCUGGGAAGGACAGCCAGGAUGGGGAGGAGAGUGAAAGGCUGCUGAUCAAAGGAGGACGGGUGGUCAAUGACGACCAGUCUGUCUAUGCAGAUGUCUACAUUGAGAACGGGCUCAUCAAGCAGGUGGGGGAGAAUCUGGUUGUACCCGGGGGCAUCAAGGUGAUCGAGGCUAACGGCCGCAUGGUGAUACCGGGCGGGAUAGAUGUCAACACUUGUCUGAUGAAGCCUCACCUGGGCACGCAGCCUGCUGAUGAUUUCCUCCAGGGCACCAAGGCUGCACUCGCAGGGGGCACCACCAUGAUCAUUGACCAUGUGACCCCCGAGCCCGGGGAGAGUCUGCUGGAGGCAUUUGAGUGCUGGCAGGAGGCCGCAGAUAAGAAGGCGUGCUGCGAUUACUCACUGCACGUAGACAUCCCCCAGUGGAACGAGUUUGUUAAAGAUGAGUUGGAGCUGCUGGUGCAAGAGAAAGGUAUCAACUCCUUCCAGGUGUACAUGGCUUAUAAGGACGUGUACCAGAUGUCAGACUCUCUGCUGUAUGACGCUUUCUCCUUCCUGAAGCAGCUGGGUGCUGUGGUGUUAGUUCAUGCUGAGAAUGGAGACCUGAUUGCUCAAGAACAGAAAAAAAUCCUGGGAAUGGGAAUCACCGGACCUGAAGGCCAUCCUCUGAGUCGUCCUGAAGAGUUGGAGGCCGAGGCGGUGUUCCGCGCCAUCACUCUCGGUAACCGUGUGAACUGUCCCGUGUACAUCACCAAGGUGAUGAGCAAGAGUGCAGCCGACACUAUCGCCCAGGCCCGCAGGAAAGGUUCUGUAGUUUUCGGGGAGCCGAUCACAGCCAGCCUGGUCACUGACGGUUCUCACUAUUGGAGCAAGAACUGGGCCAAAGCGGCUGCUUAUGUGACCUCUCCACCUUUGAGUCCUGACCCCACAACCCCAGACCACCUCAACACACUGCUGGCUUGUGGGGACCUCCAGGUGGUGGGCAGCGCUCACUGCGCAUACAGCACUUCCCAGAAAGCCAUCGGUAAAGACGACUUCACCCUGAUCCCAGAGGGAACCAACGGAGUGGAGGAGAGAAUGGGUUUCGUCUGGGACAAGGCCGUGGCCGUGGGGAAAAUGGACGAAAACCAGUUUGUGGCAGUCACAUCUACCAACGCCGCUAAAAUCUUCAACCUGUACCCGCGCAAAGGCCGGAUAGCGGUGGGCUCGGACGCCGACGUCGUCAUCUGGGACCCCGACAGCACCAAAACAAUCACUGCCAAACUCCAGCAGUCGACUUCAGAAUACAACAUCUUUGAGGGUCUGGAGUGCCGCGGGGGUCCGGCGCUGGUUUUGAGUCAAGGUCGGGUGGUUUACGAGGAAGGCAAGCUGCAGGCCCAGCAGGGCACCGGUCGAUUUAUUCCCCGCAAGCACUUCCCCGACUACGCUUACCAGCGCAUUAAAUUCAGGAACCAGGUGAAGAGCCAGCAGGGCGUUACUCGUGGGUUGUAUGAUGGCCCUGUGCAGGACGUCGUUCCUACCCCCAAAUAUAUUACCCCUGCUCCAUCAGCCAAAACCUCACCCACCUCUCACCAGCCACCACCACCAAUACGCAAUCUUCACCAGUCCAACUUCAGCCUAUCAGGUAACGUAUCAGGGGCACAGUUUGAUGACAACAUCCCUCGUCGGUCUGGCCACCGUAUUGUAGCACCCCCCGGUGGUCGCUCCAACAUCACCAGCCUUGGUUGAACACUUGACUGUGCACUAAGUGUGGUUGUUGUUGUGCGGUUUCACCUCUUGAGUGUGCGUGUGUAUGACUAUGAGAGUGUGAGCACACUGGCAUGAAUGAACACCUUUGUAUUCUUUGGUACAAAUGGUGACACGCUCUUUUUUAGACCGUUAUGAUUUUUAUCAGUUUGCCUUGAGUCCGUGGUCGCAGAGACGAAGCACAUUAAUACUUCCAAUAAAAGAACAGUAUGAUUUACAAUCAACCAAAUCAUUCAGAAAUACGAAAAACUCACAGGCUCACGAUUGGGGCACACACACACACACACACACACACACACAAACACAUACACACAGUCAUGUUUCCAUCACUUUAGAGGAAAUUACAUUGACUUACAUUCAUUUCCUGGAGAAUUACCCUUAUCAUAACUGUAACCUUAACCUAAACCUAAACCAAGUCUUCACCCUAAAAUGUAAUGAUUUACAUUAUGGGGACCUGCAUUUUGUCCCCAAAAGGAAGGUGAGUCCCCACAAUGUGACUGUGUAAACAAAUGUCCCCACAACAUGAGUAAUACGAACACUCCCACACACACACACAGUCGUGUUUCCAUCACUUUAGAGGACAUUAGAUUGACUUACAUUCAUUUCCUCGAGAAGUACCCUGACAUAAACUUGCCCUAACCCAAGUCUUCACCCUAAAAUGUAAUGAUUUACAUUACGACCAGCAUUUAGUCCCCAAAAGGAAGGCGAGUCCCCACAAUGUCACUGUAAACAGAGGUCCCCACAUCGUAAGUAAUACCAGCUACACACACACACACAUAGAUCUGGUGUCGGACACCCUCAAAGCACCCAAAUGUGAACCCAGUGUUACGUCAUACUGUUAUCUCCUUUCCUGUGAGCAUGACUUCCUCUUCCUCACGUCGUACUGUGUGGGUCGGCCCAGACAUGGUGCUCCUCUCCACCCAUCUGGUGGACAGCUGAAGAAACAACAGAUUUCUCCUGCAUCUGUUCCUCCAACAUCUUGGCAAUAUUUGUUUCAAUGUGGCUCAAGUGGCUCAGUUAUACAUAUUGCAUGGACACGUCUUUAGAUGUUGCACUACUUGUGGUUUAAUCGUUGCAAUCGAGGAACACUUAAAAAUUUACUCAAGGCCCAUUUGUAUUCAGCAGCGCACACAUUCUGGUAAAUGUAUGCUUUGAACACAUAAUGGCAUUCACUGUGGAUAGAGCCAGAUGCUACUAGGUUCAUUCAUUUAAGCGUUACUGUGAACUUCAAUAAAAAGCAAUGCAACCUCCUCUCCACCAUCAGAUAUGCAAAUGUGUCAAUACUCUCCUAUAAAGUGUGAAGGUAGAUGAGCAGUUGAAACAUAACAAAAACAGCUGUGCACGGCAAAAUUAAUUUCUAGAUCGCUGUACCUAUAUGAUAGAGACUUUGUGUGUGAUAGUUUCCUGCCAAUCACUCAUGCCAGAAAUAGAUCUUUGUUGUAAUGACAUGCUCAACUCACUGCUGUAAAAGGGCAUCAGCUCACAUCCCCGCUCCUCUUUAAAACUUCACUGAGAAUCUUUUUAAGCUGUUUAUAAUUUUAUUUGAUUGAUUCUGGAUGUUUCUUGGUACAUUUAGUGUUUCUAUGCUGCUCUGUUUUGUUGCUGUUGUCUGGUGUCUCCAAUGGAACCACUAAUGAUCAAUAAAGACUUGACUGUUGUCAAAAAAUGAUGGUAAAA